AUGAGUGGCCUGCACUUUGGCAUCUGCAUCGACGACCGCAGCACGCACCCUCUCUUCGAUGAAUAUCAGAACAUCGACCAGGACCACCACAGAGCGCUCCUUGUCCGCGUAGCGGUCGUCUUCGUUCUGUUACGGCGCCUCCAGGGCCCAGCCACUCCUUUGCACCCCCCAAAACGCCGUCCGGUUGAUGGCAGCCACUCUCUACUAGUCGUCAAGUCGUUGUCGCUCCGAGCACGCAUCAAUCUCCCGAAAUAUCUCGACAUGGCCUCGCAGCAGCAGGAAAUCCGCCUCCGCUCGUCUGCGGUCGAUCGCAGCCCGGCCGCCGAGUCGGCUACGACACGUGCCCGAACCACCACGUUCGCUUCGUCUUCCUCAUCCUCCCCUGGAAUCUCACGAUCGCACAGUGCGUCCAGCUCCUCCACCGUUGAUACCACCGAUGCGAUGCUUCCGCCGCCGCUUCCUCGCAGCGAUUCCUUCACCCGAGGCCGCCCUCGUGCAUCUCCCUCCGUCUCUCGCCACAAGAAUCGCCUCUCUCUUACUCUUCCCGUUGCCCUGCAGCUUGUAGAUGACCCCAGGCUGGCCGACUCACCGGCCAUAACGACUGCGUCAGCAUUCGCCUCGUCUGUUCCCCAAACGCCGCUGGAGACUCCUGCCAGUGUCGCGACUUCUCCAUCUAAUGCAAAUGAGUUCAUAAUAGCAAUUGCAGCUCAGGAGCGGAGAGUCUUGGAGUUGAAGGAGGAACUUGCACAGGCCGAAGUUGAGCUGGCAAAGCUGAAGAAGCAGUGGGCUUCAGAGGAGGUCUACCGCAAGAGGAGCGAUAGCCAGAGAGCUGAACUCUUUGGAAGCUCCCAGGCCAGCAUUGACGAUGAUGCCUUGGUGGCGUCUCGACGCAGUGUCGAAUUGGAUCGCCGGAAGCAAAUCCUUCACGGCCAAACCACUCCCGCGCAGUCCCGCCGCAAGGUGAUGCGCGGUGGCCACGCCCGCACCUUGUCUCUUCUUUCCCCUGUCCGGACAGACAGCGUCUUCUCUCUCAAUGAAUCUCUCAAUGAAGUGAAACAGGCAGAUCCGAUCGCCCUCCCAACGGUGGAACAGAGAACGGCCCAGCUCACCAACCCGACCCUAUCGAAACGCUCGUCCUGGCAACCACGGUCCCAGCAAAGUGUAGCAUCCGUUGUCGGCGUCCCUUCCAUCGUCGAAGACUUUAAGCUAGGAUUCCGCGCCUUUGUAGAGGAUAUUCGCCAGAUUACCGUGGGAGAUGAACCGGUCAACGGCCAGUCGCAGCGACCCUUUUCGACGUCCAUCGCCAGUGCUCGUGAGCAAGAUACGAGUAAGCCGAACCAUGAUACUACCACCCACACUAGGACCAGCAGUAAUGAAGGUUCCAGUACGGCCACGUCGACCUCAUCCCAAGCUAACAGAACCCCCGAGCUGAAGCCAAAGACUGGGAGAGGGAAGCAAUUCUCCUGGACACCGCUUGGUUUCGACUCUGUUGACGAUACUGAUUGGUCCAAUUGGGAUUCCCCCGUCUCCACCAAGUCUGCCCGCUGGAGUGGUUCUACCGUUAAUAGCAGUGGCAUUGAUGACAUUCCGGAAAAAGAGGAUGAGGAAGAUGCCAAGCCGGCGAGGAAAUCCGAUACAUUGCUUCUUUCACCAGCGCUGGAGGACCUACUUCCUAGCGUGGUUCAUCAUUUAUCCCCGAGCAACCUUAAGAGGACCGCCAACAAUCUGAUGGACGAGUGGGAAAAGUCACUGGUGGCUCCUGAGUCUCGACACAAGGAGACUACUGUGUAG